CUAAUUUCCCCAACUCAUUGUUUUUCAAGACGUUUUGAAGGAUGAAAUAUUUUUUGUGUUUUCAAGUUGUUUUUUGUACGGUUCACGCUUUGUGCCUCGCUAAAGGUUUGAAUAUAAGAUAAAUGUUACGAGAUGGAUCAUAUCAGCUCUAAGAAGGAAGGAAUAUUUUGGAAUUGUUAGUUUUUUUGGGUCGAGUGAAGCUUAUUCGUCGCUCGGUCAAGACAGAACAGCUGCCUCUUUGACGUCGCCUCGCAAUGAAAGAAAGGUAAAACUAGGACUGCAAAUGUCUAAAAAUGAAAUGGCUACUUUUAACUGAGAAAUACAGCUAAUGGUCCGUUGAGUAACGAAUAGUGGUCCUUCGUAUACUGAAAUAUUCAGACAAUGAAAAACUGUUCUGUUGACUUUUUAUGAUCAAAGUAAUUUCACUUGCUGCAUUCAAGACGAUUUCAAAAUACAUGGCACUCGGGAAAUAAUUUCUGUAAAACCUCAAAGGGAAAGAUCAGAAAAAUAUCACAUAUUCGAUUUGUUUUCAUUCCAUUCAAGUUAAGUUGUUAACUGGGAAAAGUCUGUUAGAAGUCUGAAAAUUUAGCGUUCCAUAUGACAAAAAUGUUCCUCGCAGAAAUAAUAAUAAAAAAAAACACUAAUAGUUUAUGAUUUUGGUAGCGUGCAGUUUUGUUUUCAUUUUGGGUCUUGAACCGUCCCUGUCUUUGAACGCGUAUAUAUUAUAAAGAAUGUAAAAUUCUCUCGAAACUGAUCAAGCGUUGGAAUACUCUAAAAACACCGUUAAUAAGCGAGCUUGAUGCAUCGUUCACGGUCUGGGAAUCAGCUUUAAUCUGAGAAGUCAUCAUUUUGAUGCUAUAAAACGAAGCUUUUUUUUCGUGCUCACGUUAAACGUUCAGGGAAUCAUCGAGUCUUCGUAAAAACAGGAAGAGUGUUAAAGAUUAUCUUGUACUUUAGACCUGAUAAACGAUAAAUUAACGAGAGUCUUGAGAUGGCUCACUUGGAUUUUGAAACCGCCUAUUCAUAUUAGAGGCCAGAUCGUGGAAGUAUAAAGUCCAAUAUUUUCACUGCUUGAUUAAUAACUACUCAAAUGUUGUUUAUAGUAGUUAGUUGAGCUACUUUUUUAGCCUCUGUCUAGAACAUUUUAAAAGUCCUAUAUUUAUACUCUGACUGCCCGAAAAUUGUGGUUCAUAAGCAACAAAAUUACCGGCGAGCAGGAGAAGGUUUUUCUCUGGCACGCCUAGUUUUAGCCUUGAGGUCGUUCGCGUAGCUUGUCAGUUGCGUGGUACGUUGGUUUGUUCGUGUGCUCCAGCUACGCGUCUGACAAGCACGCGAACGACUUCGUAAACGCUAAAAGCCAUGCAAGAGAGCAACCUCAGCCUAGAUCUGAUCGCAGGGUACAACAAAAUAUGAAACAAUAAGAAUAUGAAACAAUAAGAAGUGUUUUUAAAAGGAGCUGGUUUCUCUUUGCAUUUUAGAUUGCGCACUAGCUAUUCACACGAAAACUAAAUAUGUUAAAAUUUUAUUCAACCGGGAAAAGAUGUAUGAAAACAAUUAUCUUUCCAGACGCCCUGAAAUGUUGGUGGAAAUUUUACGGAAAUGAAUUAUAGGAACUAUUCUAUUCAGUCUUGUCUACAAGUAAGAAUGUUCAUUACUUUUUAUCAUUUUAUUUCUUUUGUCCUUGGAACGUACACACUUCAACUGUGAGGGGGCAGGAUACUUGAGGCACUUAAAAGACUCCUAAACAACAACAUCAAAAAUAAUAAUCAGUAAAAUGUUUCAAAAAUCGACACUCGGCACCCCGGACUUCAGGGUUUCGAACAUCAGUUUGUUAAUAUGAAUUAAAGCACUUAAACUAUUUGUAAAAGAUUCAGUGUUGGCUGUUUUGUUUGGUUGAGGGAAGUAUGCUUAUCCUAGGGGGGCGAUUAACAACACGACGACGGCGGCGGCGCAGGAGAAAGACAAAAAAGCAAUAGCUUUAGAUUGGCAAAACAAAACUUUGCACGUGCAUCACGCUUUUUUGUACAUUUCUUUGCCGUCGUUGCACGACUACGACGUGAAACUUUCCAGUUUCUCGUUUAAUGAAGGACGUGAACGACAAGACAAGGAUUUUCUUUUUCUUUUUCUGAACUUCGAUACAGUAGCAGAAUCAACUCCUGAAGAAUUCCCCAACAUUAAAGAAAUUGUAUUGUAUAAAAUGGAACACUAGAGUAAUAAAGUUUGAAACAGCGGGAACUCGCUUUCUAAAUGACGUUUUCGCUGCUGUUGCCGUCGUGGUUGCUUAAAUCUCUAUUAUGGCCGAUUGGGUGGGUGUUUUUUUGGGGGGGCGGGGGGGGAAGGGCGUUCAUUCGAGGAAAUACGGCAAUUGGCCUUUAUAUGAUAACGACAUGGCAACUGGAAUUAGAAAAAAAUGUUAAUGGAUACGGAGACAUGCAGGAGCCCGUUAAAUUCAGGCGUAACAUACGGGUAAUUUUUGUUACUAGCUGUCAAACCCCUUUAAAAUGCUCAGUAAGGGGGCCAUAAAAAGUGUCCGUAUCAAGUGGGUUGAAUUAAAUUUUGAGAAAAUAUAAGGGUUUUCUCUAUCGAGGGAUAAAGAAGAAUGUCUGUAAUAAUGAGGUGUCCUUAUCAAGCGGGUGUCCGUAAAUUGGGGUUCGACUGUACUUGUUUGAUAGAAAAUUGUUUGAAAUUAAUAAUGAAUGAUUUAUUUGUAUCUCAAGCUCUAAAGUAAAGAGGGAUGAUACAGAUGGAAGACGAACAUACAGGGAAAUAUGGCAGAGAAGAUUAACUGAAACAUACCAGCAAGGCAGCUGCGAAGAGUGCUGCAGGUGAUGGGCAUGCGCGCCCUGCUGUUGAAGAAACUUGUUUUUGAUUACCUAUUCGAGUUAACUGAAUUUUGAAACCCAAAGCUCUGUCUUAAUAUGAUUUCCAUAACACCUGUUGAUCUGGCUGUCCAGUAGUGAUCAUGAACAAUCGGCAGUUAAGGCGUGAAUGGUCGUAACGUAAUAUUGCACCGAAGUCGUGGCAUUACGGACCAAGCGACGACUGAUCGAGAGCUCACGCAGUACUGCGCCAAGCAGUUCAACAGUAAAAGGUUUAUCAUAUGGCCCCGACCGUAGAACAGCCAAUCAGAGUUCUAGUCAGUUUUGAGAAUCGCUUGCCAUUCAGUUAUCUUGGGAUGAGAAGGGGCAAAUCUCCCAGUAAUCAGAAACCCUUACUCCGUUUAACUUAGGUUGACUGAAUCUAGCUCAUUUACCUUGUUUCAUCCUUGUCCCCAGUUAGGCCCCCAUGGUGGUGCGGGGGAACGAAAGGGGUUGGGAUGCUCGUCGUCUCGCUUAAGGGUAGAAAUUUCGGAUUUUGGUCUCACUUAGGGUGCUCUGGGCAAAACUCUAUCAUAUUUAGCAGUGAAGGUCUCGUUUAGGACUGCACGCGAAAAAUUGAUAUAUAUUGUCUGUGUUUUAACAUGGUCUCUUUUAGGGGUCAAAAAAAGCUUGGGCCACGCCCAGAUCGGUCUCUUUUAGUGGUUUAAUUCAAAAUUUCCGACGAGGAUCCCCGCCCCUUUUUAUAUGCUAAGCCCCCCCCCCCGGGGGUGGAGCUUAGGCACAACAUAAAUGAACUGUAGAAAUUAAAUAGCAUUUUCAAAAUAAUGAUAACCGUUAGCAAAUAAUUGAAAGGAUUUUACCUUUAUUUUGCUAGCGUUCUUCGUCACCUUAUUGCUGAGAUGUUGAUAGGGAUGACGUGGCAACUUGGACUCCUUGUAUUGGUUUUGAUAGAAGUUUUCAUCAAUCUCAUUCUCAUGUUGAUCGAAUUCCACGUCAUAAAAGGUGACGAAAUUGUAUUGAAAAUAUAAUAACUAUCGCAUCUAGCGCCCUUCAGUUUUGGAACUUACAAAAAAUUCAACAAAUUAAUAAUAAAUUGAAACACCCAUCUGUAAAUGACAAAAAAGUCCUGAGUUAGCCAACUGCUAGAAAUAUAGCAUGGACCAGAAACUCAUAAGGGGUUGAAACGUGUAAAUGUCAUAUGUUUGCUUUGUACGUUGCUCGUGACGUUAAAAUAUUCAUUUUCGCAAGCACCAUAUUUGGAACGAGAAUUAAGAAAAGAUAACUCAGGAUGACCAAUCAAACGUAAAUGACGUGACGUAAUUGUACUUGUCACUUAAAAGUGAAUUCGCGAUUAUCUCAUCUCCUUCAGAUCGUCAAAUGUUUGCAAAUUUUUCAGGGGUUGAAUCCUAAAGUUUGCAUCGAAGUUAAGGGGAAAAAAAAGGAAAGAAAAAGAAAGUAGUUGUCUUGUGUUUUCCCCCUCCGUGAAAUUCGGCACAUUCGCGUCGUAUAACUGAAUCGUGCAGCGACGGCAAAGAAGGGUACAAAAAAGCGUGAUGCAAGUGCAAAGUUGUUAAUCUUAUUGCUUUUUUUAGGCCGCCUCGAGGGUUUCAAAAUAUGGUAAUUAGAAAAACGAAUAUUCACGAGCUUUGACCGCGAAUUACACGUUUCAACCACUGAUGAUCUGAGUUGAUCUGCAUGUACUUGUCGUACUUACUCUGCUUCCUUUAGAUGAAACACAACUUGCAAGAAUUCUUCUCCAUUUUCUUGGCAUCUUUAUUCUUGGUAUCUUUGUCCUUGAGGUAAGUCUAGCAAAACUGUUUUUGGAUUAUAUUAAUUUCUCCCUUUAUUCUCAUGUAUUUCGUCCGUUUGGAUUGCAUUCAGACCUUGCCCAUCUGGAGCCGGAAACUGGAUACAAUUGAUAUUAUCGACUAUUUUCACAGGUUUUGCUGAAAUUCUAUUCAAUGGGAUGCGAAUAUUACUUGAAGGACAAAAUGGAGGUAAGAUUUGAAUUGAAGUUGACUUUGUCCCAUAAUUCUAGACUUCAUAGCGGUAAACACUUGUUCUAGAUCCCGGUCUGACGACUCACAUUCAUGCCAUUCCAAAAUAACACAUUCGCUGCCUUUUGCCUUCUUUAGGUCUUUUGCCAGCCAUCUCUGGCAGAGGUUUUAAAUCUAUUUUUCAGGUUUAUCGUACUGUCAGCCAGCCAAAAGAUACUUUAAACAAAACGAAUGCAUGUCAUACUCUCAUCUCUUAAGGACAAAAAAACUUUUAACUUGAGGCCUUUUGCACACAAACUUUUUCAAAAAAAUGAGCCAAUUUUUAAAUCUUUUUUUUCAAGAAAGAAUUUUUCCUCACGCGUUUAUUCUCCCGUACUGUCAGCCAGCAGAAAAAAAAAAAAAAAAAUCUUUUCAAAUAAGCAAUAGAAAUAAAUGCGCUGAUUCGGUAAUACGGUCAAAAUAAAUAACUUAUCUCUCAAAAGAAUAACUUUAAACAAAAAUGAAAAGGAACGUCACUAAGCCUUCCCCAGAUGAAUAUUCAGUCCAACUUGAAUAUAAUACACCAGGCUGUUUAAUAGGUCCUUACCUUUUGCAUAAACAUGAAUCUCAUGAAUCGUCCUAACCGCCAGUGAACCGUUGCCAGUUAUCCAGUGGCGGAGCGUAGCCUAAUUUCGAAUUUCUAACAACGGACCAGGAUCCUAAAUAAAUAAUCAGCGCGCAAAUUCCUUUUGAGGGGAUAUACACCCAAGAAAAAUUUCUAACAAAUUAGAGGGAUAAAAUAUCUCCAGCAAGAAUUUUUGAUACAUUUGAUAAAUUCUUGACCGCAGAUUUAAGACUUUACUUCCCAGCAGAACAGCCGAAACCUCAGUUCCCAGCCAGCAAAAUUUUCUCUGUAGAACAGAUAUUGUGAGGAACAGAUCCGUUGGGUGCCCCUGCUUUUGGGGGAGUAUUAAAAUAAUGUGCUUUUAAAUUAACAAAGGCGUCUCCGCGUCCUCAACAGGUACUUUAGAAAAGCUUGUUUCCUACUGAAGAUAAAGGGGUCCUUUCAGUCACACAAACGAGUAAGGAAAAGAUCACCCAUGAUAUGUGGUCGACGGGCUUUACUUGACGACCAAGCCAUAGUAAUCUGUGAUCUCAAUUCUCAAUGGUAGCAAAGAAUUUCAGGCUUAUGACUGUGAAACUUCUUACUUUGUAAAGCCUCCGCGAGCAGGCUGUCGUCUCGUUGAAGUUUUUUUUGCCGCCCCUCCCGCGACCCUCUCGCGGCUAUACACACCGCUCGCUCUUGAUUGUCUUUCAAAAAUUGAGCCUACUAUAACAGGCUAUUUUUGUAAUGAAGUUGCAACCGACAGAGUUAUCUUGUGUUGUGUUGCAGUGUCUUACGAGCAAGGAAGGCAUGGAAAGGAUUCAGCUUUAUUAUCAUUCUUCGACUCUGGAGAAUUUUCAGAGUUGUAACAAGUAAGCCGCGCGCUAAAAUCACUAGUUGCAGGUUUUUGUUGCCCGUUUUAAUUACCGAAACUUUAGGUACCGUAACCACUAACAGCGGCUACUACGAGAAACGCAUAUUUUUAUCAACGUUUUUUGAACUACCUUUCUACUCAGUAUCAAAUGAAGUUUCAAACAUUUAGCUGGAUUUUUGCAAAACACGCUUUAGGAAUGUUAAAGGGAUAUAGACUGCUUGUAGUCCUCUUCUCUGUCAAAAUCCCUCGAGUUAUCCCGGCGAGUUCGCAAAGCAGUGAAGGGGUUGUUUCUGGGAGAUCGAUGCUUCACCGCUGGCGUCAGUCUGUGUGUGGCGCGCUUCCUCGGUAAUUUUGAGAAAAAAAAUAGACUGCUCAUAGUCUAGAGCGAUUUGCCAGCCAUAGUAAAGCUGAAAUACUACUUUUCAUACAGCUCCAUAAGGUUGAAAAUCCCUACAGGCAGGCCAAAAGGAAAGGAAUUAAAGAAAAAAAAAGUAAAUGUCUUUUUCAUUUCGAUUGGCCUUACUGGAGAUAGGCUGAGAAUGAAAGAAAAACAAAACGAGGGGAAAAAAAAUAAACAGAAGCAAGUACAAAGUCGUAGUUUAGUAUUCAAGGUGGCAAGCGUGCAAGGUAUAAAGCAAGUAUUGAUCUUUCUCAACAGACCUGGUCGUAUUCGGCGAGGAUUUCUACGAGCUGAUAGAAGAAGACGGAGCUAAGCCAGCGCAACAAGAAGAAACGGAAACAGAGAAAACCACAGAGAAGAGUGAAGAGAAACAAGCGUUAACCAGGAGUGACUGAGGGGAGGAUCCAAGACUGUUUAAGAAUAAAAACAGAGAAAUAGAACUUAAAAGAAAGAAUAAAACUAAAACAGAGUACCGAACAGAGGUUUAAGUAUAAUAAUAAGGGCUGCUAAUUGAUAAAACGUACAAAUGUUUUUAUUUGUUAAGCAAAAGAUAGAAAAUAUUGAUAUUUACUACAAUCAUGCAUUAAAUUUGAAAUAUGUCAAAUGGAAUAAAACGAAAAAA